AUGUGUCAAAGGGAGUGCGUCGUCUUUGGUUUUAAUCCUGAAAUGAAGAAAUGCCGUACCCACAAGAAAAGUCUAACGUCUGGGCUGUCUGAGGAGGCCGGUUGGAGAUACUACUCGGAUAACGAUUUUUCUAGUAUGCCCAAAGAUUGCAAAGAUCUUCGAGAUAACGGACAAAACAUUACAGGGGUAUAUGAUAUAUACCCCUACGGUACACUAACAAUACCUGUUAGUGUUUUCUGCAACAUGACCAUAAUGGGCGGUGGAUGGACGGCAAUUCAGAAACGCGUAGACGGAUCUGUGAGCUUUGACAGGAAUUGGACAGAAUAUAAAAAUGGUUUUGGUUCACCGAAACAGAAUGUCUGGGUUGGAAAUGACGUAAUUCAUCAAUUAACCAAAGAAGGUACCUCAUCCUUGUAUGUGAACAUAACUUUACAAAAUGGUACAACGCUGUAUGAAAUAUACGACGAAUUCUCUGUCUCCAACGAAGCAGGAAAAUAUCAACUAUUUCUUGCAGGACCUGUCUCAGGAACCUUAGGAAAACUGUGUAUCUCAGACUAA